AAAAUCCUAUAUAAACCAUCCUCUACAUAAUCAAGAACAUCCCAAAUUGUCUACAAGCUCCUCUACUCCCACUUAGAAAAAAAAAAUUCCAAAAAUGGUGUCUUCAAAAUUAGAAGAUGGUCUAAUUUACAACAUAAAAUUAUCCUCAGUUGGACCAGCUAGAGUAACAGGACAAGAUGUUGUUUAUGAGCCAAGUAACACGGAUUUGGCCAUGAAAUUACAUUAUUUAAGAGGGAUUUAUUACUUUGAUAGCCAAAUAUUUCAAGAUGUCACAAUUUAUAAAAUAAAAGAACCAAUAUUUAUUUGGUUCAAUUAUUUUUAUAUGACUAAUGGUAGGUUUAGAAGGGCAGAAUCAGGGAGACCUUAUAUUAAAUGUAAUGAUUGUGGUGCUAGGUUUAUUGAAGCACAAUGUGAUAAAACUUUGGAAGAAUGGCUAGAAAUGAAAGAUACUUCACUUGAGAAAUUACUUGUUUCUAAUCAAGUUCUUGGUCCUGAAUUGGCUUUCUCACCUCCAGUCCUCAUACAGCAUACCAAAUUCAAAUGUGGUGGAAUUUCAUUGGGCCUAAGUUGGGCCCAUGUACUUGGAGAUGUAUUUUCAGCAACUGAAUUUUGGAACUAUUUGGGUAAAGUAGUUGGUGGAUACCAACCGCCCCGGCCCCUUAACUUGGCCCAUUCAUUAACCAAAGCAAACUCAACCCAAACCCUACAAAAAAUUGUGGAGGAUCCACUUUCCAUAAAACGGGUCGACCCGGUUGAAGAUCAUUGGAUUGCUAAUGCAAGUUGCAAGUUGGAGUCGUUUUCGAUCCAUGUUAGUGCAUCCAAAUUGGGCCACUUACAAUCAAGAAUAGGCAUUCAAGGCCCAUUUGAAUUACUAUGUGCUAUUAUUUGGCAGUCCAUUUCAAGAAUUAGAGAUGGGCCUGGCCCAAAAGUUGUGACCAUUUGCAAAAAAGGUGAAGAAAAGAAAGAGGGCCUUAUAGGAAACACUCAAGUAAUUGGUGUGGUUAAGGUUGAUGACUCAAUUAGAGAAGCUAAUCCUAGUGAAUUAGCAAGGUUGAUUAAAAAUGAGAUCAUCGACGAGCGAUUAAAGAUCGAUGAGGCCAUCGAGAAAGAUCAUGGAGUGUCGGAUGUCAUUGUUUACGGAGCAAAUUUAACUUUCGUGAGCCUGGAAGGUGUUGAUCUCUAUGGAUUCGAUUGGAAGGGACAGAGGCCGAAGAAUGUAAGUUACUUUAUCGAUGGAGUAGGCGAUGCAGGGACCGUGUUGGUGCUUCCGGACGGGCCAAAUGAUUCCGAAGGAAGGAUUGUGACCAUGACUUUGCCUGAGGAUGAGAUAAUGAAAUUGAAAAAUGAGCUAAACAACGAAUGGUCUAUUGCUUGAACAAGAACAUGUCCAGUAUAAUCAGAUAGGUGGAAUCUCGAAAUAGCCUAUUGCUUGAAAUAAAAAGUAUUUGUUUCAAUUCUUGUUUCAUAGUUUAAUUAAUUUGGUGUAAUUGUGGUGUUGGUUUGUUACAUUACUAAAGUUGGGCUUUAGAACUUGUUUUUAUUUGAGCUAUUGAAAUAAUAACUUUGUCUUUUCUUUAUUAGAA